CUCUUCGACAGAUCGAGUGGAGUGACAUACAAUCGAUCAGCAUACACAUUCGUCGUCUUGAGUUGUGCGUACGGCUCCCAGUAGUAGUAAAAAAAAGGGCCCCGCCGCCACACGCGCUCUCAAUCUGUGUUUCCUUCCCGCCAUUCUCUCCUCCUUUUCCCCCCCUCGACCUUGCUCCAAACGCUCAGCCGUACGGGCGUCCAUUUAUCUUUUCAGCCGAUUAUAUUAAUAUUGAAUUUGAGAUUUCGAUUUGAUAUUGAUAUUUAGUCAAGAUGAUGGACAAGCAGAUUGAACAUGCGGUGACGCACAAAAAGCCCGUGCCCGAGAUUGAUUUUACCUUGCACAGGAUGGAAGAUGGCACCCAAGUGUCAACAAUGGAACGAGUAUGCAAAGAGGUGCAGGCGCCGGCGCUCACAGUUCCCUCGGACGAAAGUUUCUGGUCACCGGAUGAUCCCAGCAAACCCAACUUGCCAUUCCUGAAGCAGCAUUUUUACAGAGAAGGACGACUUACAGAAGAACAAGCGCUGUCGAUUAUCAACGCCGGUACUGAAAUACUUCGCUCCGAACCCAACCUCCUUGAAAUGGACGCUCCGAUCACGGUGUGCGGUGACGUGCACGGCCAAUACUAUGAUUUGAUGAAAUUGUUUGAAGUCGGCGGAGAUCCUUCCGAGACCAGAUAUUUAUUUUUGGGUGAUUAUGUCGAUAGAGGUUACUUUAGCAUUGAGUGCGUGCUUUAUCUAUGGGCGCUCAAAAUUUGGUAUCCCAAUUCCCUUUGGCUGUUACGAGGAAAUCACGAAUGCCGCCAUUUGACAGAUUACUUCACCUUUAAACUCGAGUGCAAGCACAAGUAUUCUGAGAGGGUUUACGAUGCAUGUAUGGAGUCCUUUUGCGCUCUACCUUUGGCUGCCGUCAUGAAUAAACAGUUUCUGUGUAUCCAUGGGGGUUUGAGUCCAGAGUUGCAUACCCUCGAAGAUAUCAAAGCUAUCGAUCGAUUUAGGGAGCCUCCUACUCAUGGAUUGAUGUGCGACAUCCUUUGGGCUGAUCCGUUGGAGGAAUUUGGACAGGAGAAGACUGGCGAAUAUUUUGUGCAUAACAACGUCCGAGGAUGUUCGUAUUUCUUCUCGUAUCCGGCUGCAUGCGCUUUUCUGGAGAAGAAUAACUUGCUUUCAAUCAUUCGAGCCCACGAGGCACAAGAUGCGGGUUAUCGAAUGUAUCGAAAGACUCGUACCACUGGCUUCCCGAGUGUGAUGACGAUUUUCAGCGCACCGAAUUACUUGGACGUUUAUAAUAACAAGGCAGCCGUUCUCAAGUACGAGAACAACGUGAUGAAUAUCCGUCAAUUCAAUUGCACGCCUCAUCCGUACUGGCUUCCUAAUUUCAUGGAUGUUUUCACCUGGUCGCUUCCUUUUGUGGGAGAGAAGAUUACAGAUAUGCUCAUUGCCAUCCUGAACACCUGCUCAAAAGAGGAACUCGAAGACGAUACUCCGUCAUCCGUUUCGCCUACGCUACCUUCACCGCCAUCAGCUACCGAUAAGGACGACAGCGAAUUCAAGCGACGUGCAAUCAAGAAUAAAAUCCUCGCCAUUGGCCGUCUCUCCCGAGUUUUCCAAGUGUUGCGAGAGGAAUCUGAGCGAGUUACCGAACUCAAAACUGCAUCUGGUGGUCGUCUCCCUGCUGGAACACUUAUGCUUGGUGCCGAAGGUAUCAAACAAGCGAUUCACAACUUUGAGGAUGCGCGCAAGGUUGAUUUACAAAACGAGCGACUACCUCCCUCGCAGGAAGAAGUUGCUCGUAAGAGCGAGGAGGAUCGCCGAAUUGCUCUUGAAAGGGCUCAACGAGAGGCCGAAAACGAUACCGGGUUGGCCACUGUGGCUAGACGUAUUAGCAUGUCUGGAAACUCGAGACGCCGAAGAGAAGCAGCAAAUCGCGAAGCUUCUAGUUAACGUCGGUUGUUACUAAAAGAAUAUACCCAUGCGAAUUAAUCCUAUCGCAGUCUCUAAUUCUUUCUUCCACAAUGUCAAAUGUAUUUGACAUGAGAUAUGUACAUACACCGCGGAAUGAACAAUGAAAUAACUCAAGGAUUUUCUUCUAUUUCAUGUUGUUCGGCAGAGCGUUGGCUGGUUGGAAUGAUGUAUUCGUGGCUGGGCGUCUUGAUGUGAUUACGAGUUUGAUGAACAAUUGCUUUUCUUUUG